GCCCCGUCGCCCCGACUGCUGGUCGCGAGCUUCGAGGAGCUGCAGGCCUCCUUCACGCAGGAGUGCUCGAAGAUUUCCGGCCUCCUGGACGGACACGCGAAGGCGCUCCAGGCUCUGUGCAGCAGCGACGUAGAGCGCCCACCGACCACGCCUCCGCAGCUGACGAGAGAAGGCACGCUGAGUCCCACUGUGCGCUACGCCACGCCCACUGAGGCAGUCACGGAGGACGCCGAGAUCGAGCUCUGCCGAGCCGUGAAGGAGCCCAUGUCGCCGAAGCACGCCCAGGACGGCCAGAAGGCCACUACGCCGUUCGUCGCGUGGCAGUUCGACGAAGCGACCGCGAACCCGCAGCUGCGGCAGGGCGCCGCCUGCGAGCCUGAUGACAGGGGCGACGAGCUCCCCGGGCAGACGUGCCGCCCAGAUUGCUGCGACGGCCCUCCCAGGCUGUGGCGGACGUCGGUGGACACGAUGUCGUCGGCGUCGACCGGCCGCGACUCGGUCCCGGCCGGGCCGCCAGCGCGGGUGUUCAGCAGCUUGUCCCCGCCGGCUGCGGGCAGCCCUCCGGCCGGGAGGCUGCGCCCGAAUCGCCCGAGCCAGAUGUCCCGCUACAGUCAAAAGUCCGCCCGGUACCUGAGCCCGCCCAACGGCUUCCAGCGCCUUAGGACGAGCGCCUUCCCCGACGCGAAGACGCUCCAGGAGACCGCCGAGAAGGUGGUGUGGCAGGGCGAGUACGACGUCGCGGAGCUGUACCACGACGAGGGGACGGCCCAGUGGCUCGCGCGGCACCCCGUCUUCACCGGCACGCAGAUCAUCGUGGUGUUCUUGAACGCCGUCUGGAUAGGGUUCGAGACCGACUACAACGACAAGGAGGUGUUGUACGAGGCCGACGUGGGCUUCGUCCUGAUGGAGAAUAUGUUCUGCCUGUUCUUCCUGUGGGAGUGGCUCGUCCGGCUCUGCGCUUUCCGGCGCAAGGUCCAGUGCAUCGGCGACUUCUGGUUUGUAUUCGAUACGAUUCUUCUGGUCACGAUGGUGCUGGAGACGUGGAUUUUGUUCAUUGUGUCUGCGGUGUCCCAUGGAGGCUCUGGUAGUUUACCAACGAACCUUCUCCGAGUGGUGAGGCUUGCACGGCUCACACGCUCGGUACGUAUCGCACGGUUUCUUCGCAGCAUCCCUGAGCUUGCCGUGAUCAUGAGAGGGAUAUUGGUCGUCAUGCGGACUGUGUUCCUCAUAUUGAUCCUCUUGACAAGCCUCCUCUAUGUCUUUAGCAUACUGUUCGUGCAGGUCGCCCGGGACACGGCGCUGAACGAGAAGGGGGCCUACAGAGACGUGCCGUCGGCUAUGAUGUCGUUGGUUCUGAGUGGUUUGAUCCCUGACAUGGCUCCCGCGACGUACGCCUUCGCCAAGGAGCAUGUUCUUUACGCUGCAUUGUUCAUGGUAUUCGUCUUUCUCGGUUUCGGGGCAUGGUGGCGGAUCAUGAAUAUGUUGAUCGGAGUUUUGGUACAAGUUGUUUCAGUCGUCGCCACAGUGGAAGCGGAGACGAAUCAGUUGACCGAUGUGAAAAGCGUUCUCUUGGGUAACCACCUUGAUUUGAAAGAAGACGACACGCGCGGUGGCGGAUUUCGAUGCACCAGAUCAAUCUUCUGCUUGGGGAUGAGGCCAUUGCCGCCGGGCUUGGCGAGCUUUCCAUUGACACAGAAGCCCUGA